AUGGAUAUGUAUUUUAUUAGUGUUAUAGGGGGUGUUAGGAAUCUUGAAGAACAGACACUUCUUAUCAAACAGGUGGAGAAGGUAGCGAAAAAGUUCAAUGCAAGAUUCGUUAUCAACAUAGGCGAACUUGGGGAGGAGGAUCCACUUGUACAAAAUGCUACUUUGCGUUUUCCUUCCGUGAAGAUUCCGUGGUACUCGACACGAGCUCUUAGAGGACGAGGGGUGAAUCACUACCUUAAACAAUUCAAGUUUGCCCAUGGAAGUUUAGAUAUUAUAGUUGUGGAUACAGGAUUAUAUGAGGCUUCUUCAAAUGGUGCCGGGGAUAGACAGUCACAGUGGCUGAUAGACACACUCGAAAAUAGUGAAAGCAAAUGGUGCAUUGCUGUUGGAUUUCAUCCGUUGGUAGCCUGUGAAGAAGAUACUUCUCAAACGGAACCCAAACGCGAAUUCCAAUCUUUAGAUGGCGUAUUUCUGAAAUAUGGGGUGGAUGCAUAUAUAAGUGGUCCGGCUUGUGCCAACGAUGUCGAGGAAAGACCUAUCGCGAAACCCAAAACUGGAACGGCCAGAUAUAAAGGACCUUUGCUGACAAAAAUGAAUCGGAACUCGCCUUACUCGAUGGAGAAAGUAAAUGGAUUCCUCCUUCACAAAGUCAGUGCUCUAGAAAUUGUGAGUAUUUUGAAUGUUGCUCGGACUCAUCAAAAAUGUCGACAAGUGCAUGUCAGAUGUAGGAUCUUUCAAAAGUAG